GCGUAUUUCCGCGCAACCACUGGAUGAUGCUGGUCUGGAGCGGAUUACGCGGCGCACAUGCAUGUCACAUCUGGGAGGGGCGUCGCUGCCGUGACAGUGUUGAGUCAGCUGGCGGUGUAAGAUAGCGGCUCCUGGCUCGGUGAAGAAGGGGAACCUUUCUUCUGCUCAGAUGCGCAGCGCCCCGACGCAGCGGAGGUCGUGAGGCUGCGCGUCAAUUACAGUCGGGACGCGGAGCCGUUAAUAGUCGGUUCCAUCUGAUAAAUCUAUUUUCAAAAGGAUUUGCUGUCGUCGGCUCGCGCAGAGAAUGGUGUUUCCCAGCCUCGUCUUGUCGUAGAGGACCACGGAGACCUCGGAAGGCAUCGGUCAUGCUCGCCGAUGUUCAAGGCUGCCAGGAUGGCAAGCUGUCGGCUGACAGGAUUGCAGCUCUGCAGGAGAGAAAACGGGCCCUGGAGGCUCUUCUCAGCUCCAGAGUUGGAGAGCUCAAACAAGUCUGUUUGCAGGAAGCAGAGCUAACUGGGAAGCUGCCACAUGCUUUCCCUCUGGAGGCGGGAGAAACACCCCCAGUGGUGCAGCGUCGAGCUGGACUUGUGCCCAGCACCAAGGUGGAGGACGACUCCGCCCAGAGAAGGCAGAUGAAGGCCAUCUUCAGCGGCGCCUUGUACAGCAGACACACAGAGUCGGACAGGAAUGGCCCCAACAGCAAAAGGACAGUGCAUCGGGGGUGUCACACAGAGGACACAGUGGUGUCGGAGAGUACGAGCUCCAUGUCAGACUCAACAUCCCACGACAACGAAUCAUCGCCCAGCGUGGCUGCUGACCAGCGCUCCCUGUCUCAACCACGGCUCACUGCGGGCAGCCCCGACCACCGAAUCAGCAGGAAGCUGUCUCCAGUUGAGAUCUACUACGAGAUGAGGACUCGCCGCAACUCUGUGACCAGCUCUGUCAGCCCGACUCACUCGUUACCGAGAAGUGCUUCAAACGUCGAAGGCAGAAGCGUUCCAGCCACGCCUCUGCUGGCCCGAACGGCUCCCGUCAGUGUUCACGUCAGGUCAGAUGCAUCAGGCGGUAAUGGCUUAAAGCAGUGGUCCGGCAGCCUGGAUGUGCCAUACAUGAUUCCACUGGCUCAGGAAGGCUCGCCGUCCGAUCGCCGCAGCUGCCCGUACAGCUCCCGAGCAAGGCGCAGCAACAGCUCUGAGGCUCUGCUGGACAGAUCCAGCCUCCCAGACGACCCUCCGCCCAGGAACGGCAUGCCGCACAGGGGCGGACCCUACAAGAGCUCGGAGACCCUGACGGACGGAAAACUUCGCCACAUUCACCUGGGUAGCCCGGAGAGACACGCCGACAGCUCGGCAGAUAAGGUUACAAUGCGGCUGUCGGUGGGCGGCAGAGGGGCCAGCGGAGGCUACAAUGAGCUUCUUAUGGAUUACAUAUGGGGCAAACAGCAGAGGAUGCAGCAUCACCUGUACCAAUCCACGGGCAGAAUCUGGCAGGACAUGUCCUCCCCUCGCUCCUCCACUGCAGCGGUGCCUUCUCACGCUAACGGAUUUUCCCAUUCCCAGGUGCAUCUCCCCAGUGCUGUGCCUCCGUACAGCCCAAUGGUCCUCAGGGGGUCAGAGGCGGAGCUACGCAGGGUCAAAGUCACUAGAACCAAAUCUUGCGGACCUUUUAUCCCUUUGCAACAACACGGCCAGGAUGGCAUCCUGCUCUCAGCUUAUGAGCCCCCCCUCCCUGCCACCGGGGCCUCUAUGUCCUCCGUCCCGAACCCUCACCCUUACCAGACCGAGCUGUCUGGGCCGUCUUUUAGUCGUAGGAAUCCACAGUUUUCUCUUCAAACUCCAGAAGAUUCAACAAGAAGUCUGCAUAAAGCUCUGGCUCUGGAAGGACUCAGGGACUGGUACCUUAGGAAUGCUCUCGGCUACCCCUCUGCCACCUCCAAGGGGCACGAAGCAGGCGUCUCCCGCCUCUCACACCCUCACCCUCUUGUGCACCAGGCGCAUUCCCUUCAAGGCGAACCGGCUAACCUCCAAAAGGCGCAGAUACCCCAGUCAGCCAGCUUCCACGGUCAUCCACUGCAUGGACGGUCAGUGGAGUUUUCUCUCUAUCAGGAGACUCCAGAUCCACAAAUGCAAGCUGCGACCCCAAAGGAGCCGAGCGCAGACCCUGGCACGCUGGUCUGAAGCAGCAGAAUCCAGACGAAAAAAAAUCCAACCCCUUUUUAACAGUGUUUCGAGCAAAAACACCGUGGCCUCAUGUAGACCUGCAUCCUGGCACAAACACUCGAGCUGAUACGAUGUGACCUCAACUGCAAACAGACCUCAGCAGAAGGAAACCAGAUCACCCGGCAGACUGUUUCCUGUGAUGCAGAUGAAUCUUUAAAUCCAGUGUUUUCAUGUGGAUGCUGACUGAGCGACAGCAUCUAUUACCAGUGUGGUUAUGCUUCGUAUAUAGAUACCUAUAUUCCAACAAAGAGCAAGAUCCCUCCUAAUAAUGCUGAAAUAUCUACUAAGAUAUACUUUUCUACUGAAUAUAUACAAGAAGUCUAAAUAAAUAUUUUGUAUAGACUGAAAUAUGAGAAACAGUUAUAUCAAAGAGGUAAUAUAUUGCUCAUAAGCGUGUGGUAUUCCAUCAUUGAAUGUGUUUGCUCUAAACUCAGUGCUCAUCUCAACGUCUCGUUUUCCUCACCAUAAAAUCCAGCAGGCCGCUGACUGUAGCGCAGAGAUGUUCGGACAGGAGUGCCUCAGCGUUUUCAUGUCGAGACCGAACUUUAACUGUUAAGUGCUAGCAUUGGGCUUCACGAUGUCACUCAAUUAGGGUAUUUGGAAUGAUGUCAUACUGUUAUUUUAGUUCCACGUUCAGCGGAGUGCCGAGGGAUCGAUGUAGCGUUCUCCGUGCAGAUUGAAGAGUUCCGGUGCGAGAAAACCUUAGGAAUGUAGCUGUGUGGCAGCUUCACAUGACUGUACAACAACAAAUGGAUAGGUGUGUCUUGUAGAGCACUUUAUGAACAUCCUAAGCCUUAAUUCCCUAUGACAUUGUCCCCACCUGACAAGAGAAGGGUUUUAGACAGGGUUUAUAAUGGGGCAAAUUUGAUUUUUUUUUUUUUUUCUCAGCGUCUGCUGAAGUGUUGGCUUGUAAAUAGUAUGGAUUGUUCUGGUGAGUUUUAAACUUUUCUUUCAAUGCUAACAAAGUCGUUAUUCAAACUAACUACAUAUCUCUGUAUCAACCGUUUCACCCCAACUGAGCACCACAAGCUGAUGUGAAGAGAACAGAACCUCUGCAGUGUUGAGUGAUGGUGUGAGCAGGUCUCAGACCAGUACGUGUUGUUAAAAAUUAGUUUAGUUUUAAUGAUUUGCUUGAUUUUUUUUUUUUUGUUUCACCAUUUUUACAAUCAGUCUCAGUAGCAUUAUGAAAAAAACAAGACAAAGAAGAAAAAGAAAGUCCUUGUUUUUGUAAUACCAUAUUUUUUAGGUCUUAUUUUUUGGCAUUUUUAUAUUCAGACUGGUUUGAAUGUAAUAAUUUAUACAUGUUUUUUAACAUUACCUGUGUUCAGUUUGAUGUGUUCAUGUUUUAUUUGUCUGUUUUCAGCUCAGCAGAGCUCCUGUCAGCUUGUUAUAAUCUGAAAUCAAAGACCAAACUGCUGUGCACUUGGGGUUAGAAAGAUAUUUUUCAUACUACGUACUCUGUAAGUUUAAAAUAAAGGAUAUAAAUUUAGCUCUAAUGCAAAUGUAUUCAAACUAUAUUUAUGAACUUAUAACAUUUUGUAGCCAUCUACUGUAGCUCUUUACUGUCAUUGCAGGAUCUGCAGAUGUACGUUUAGAUGUGUGACGUGUUCUUUGAUUACCUUUAAAAAAAAAAAUUCAAGUGCAGCUGUUUUCUAUUUUCUUUGUUUCCUUAUAUUCAGGCUGUUGAGCAUCAACAGAGCUGCCAUCUACUGUAUGUAUGCGAUUGUGCAUUAAUUCUACUAAAUAAAGUUUCAUGUUGAAAGAAA